AUGACAAUAUUCAACAAAUUCUCGAAUAUAGCUCACAAGGCGAAAGAGCAUGCUCUUUCCAAGAGUAUUUUAUCAAAAGACAAGAGGUUGGACCAUUCGUUAUCAAGUAUCAUUCGAACAGAUAUGAUUCACUUUGUUCAAAUGACAAAUGUAGGUCUUGAAUCAAAAAUAUCAGCCAUGGCAUUCGAUACUGUAGCUGGUCUUCUUGCAAUCGCUGGCGGUAGCAAUGGUACAGGUAUGAAUCAGUUACGGAUAUUUGGAAAAGGUGUAUCUUCAAUAUUACCAUUACCCAACAUCGACACCAUAAAGUAUAUACAAUUCAAGACUGGAUGCCCUUUAUUAAUACUUAUCGACAAGAAAAAUAUCAUUUACACCAUCGAUCUAAAAAGACAACAGAUAUUACACAUGUUACCAACUCAAGGAAUCAUCACAAGUUAUUGUUAUUGUACUGGAACCGAUUGGAUGUUUAUUGGUUUUGCUGAUGGUUGUAUAGAUGUUUUCGACACUCGAUUGGGACAAAUGGCAAAAUACGGUAUUCCUGAUUUGGUAGCUAGUCAACAGCAACAACAACAACAACAAGAACAACAGCAAGAACGUCGACAUGAAUCUGGGAAUAUAGUAGUCGCUCUCGAAAUGCACCCAAAUAAUAUCAACUGGUUACUUAUUGGUUAUGAAUCAACGGUAUUUUUAUGGGAUAUCCGUGAAAAUAUGAUUCACUCUACAUAUGAAUUGAAAAACUCAGAUGUUCGACUAUCAAGCUUGGUAUGGAAUCCUCAAGGUGAUCAUUUUAUGGCCGGUUACGAUGAUGGAUAUCUGCAUUUAUGGGCAAUCAAUUCUGAACAUCGACCUGUUUUGUCACGACAAGUAUUCCCAUCUUUGGAUAAAUCCCAACCUUGUGAACCUGUGUACAAGCUUGCUUGGUAUUUUGAUGACAAUGCUCAGAAAAGUUAUUUGGUGGUUUGUGGUGGAUCGGCAAUCAAGGAUAUUCAUGGUUUACACGUAUUGGAAUUUAGUCUGAAUCAUCUAAGUGAUGUUCGCAAACAAUCGAUCAUACCCUCUGAUAUGGAACUGAUGGAUUUUAGCUUACUAUGGAGUGAACCUUAUCAACCUCGAAAUCCACUUGGUAUUAUGCUUCUAGGAUGCAACGGCGCAAUAUCUGCUCAUGGUUUAGAUCAUGGAUAUCCAACAUUAACUCUACCUCCUUCGUUAUCUAUGGUUCAUCCUUUUGUAUCCAAUGCAUGUUUUAUUCCUAUGGUGGAUGAACAACUCUAUCGAAAGAUGACGACCUUAACUGAUGCGGAUCUACAAACAAGAUAUUUACCUCUGACUGGCGGUGUGGUUGGACCCGGUCAUAUUUAUAAGAUUCCUUCAAAUGAUAUCCUUUUGACUAUGCACGCAGGUGAAAUCAUUCAGUUUUGGGAUGCUUCUUAUACUUCGUUACGACCUUUAUCUCAACUUGUGAUACGCUGUCAUGAUGAUCUGGAUGAUCCUACUGUUUAUGUCUGCUGUAUCGACUUGAAUGCUGUUUCAGGAACACUUUGUGUUGGUUUCAACGAUGGGACGAUACUGACAUAUGAAAUUGUGGACAAUCUACCCUCUAAAAAUCAAGAUCAAGAAGAAUAUUCAAAGAUGGAAAAUACGAAUGCUCAAUUUAUAUCCCAAUGCGAUGAAACUAUCAACGAGUUGGCCGAAAUUUUGGGCGAUAUGCAACGAUCGACUCCUACAAUGGAUGAAUCUCGUGAAGAACAACAGACUGAAAUUAUUCGCAAUACGAACAAUAACGAUGGCAACAGCGAUACUGACGCCGCUCUAUCGAAUGCUACCAACAUUAAUUGUGAUAACGAUACUCUUCAACAGGAAUCCUCAGCAUGUAAUGACUCGACCAAUCCUUUCGUCUCUGUUCAAGGGGUUGCCCAAGAACCAGCUCAAGUGACCAGCCAAAAUGCGUAUGAACCAGAAUCAGAUAUGAUAUCCAACCACUCAGAUAAUAUAGGAAACAAAGUUGACGAUCAGGAUAUUCGGGAUUUGGAGGUUCAGAUUGUUGCUCUGAAAAGGUCUACAAAAGAUUUUGGUUAUUCUCCUGAUGUGAAGAUAAAACUAGAUGGGGCUAUUCACUCAAUAGUAAGCGCGGGUACAGAUAUUAUUGCCUGCCUUACCGCUCUUGGUCAAAUAUUCAUUAUCAACACCACUAUACAAAAACUAUAUCAUACUAUUGAUAUCAAAGGUAAAACAAGAAAGAAAGAAAAAGGAGAAGAGAAAAACAACAGUAAAAAUUUUUAA